AUGGCAGCCUCUGAAGAGCUGGUCGACUUCGAUAUCAUCGAAGCACAAAAGGAAAACGUCCAAUCACUGCCCGGUGGCCGAUCAGCCAGAGAACUUGCCCGGAUAUUUUCAGCCGGCAGUAACGGUGACAAGAUCUCGUUGCCAUCGCCAAAUGGCACCAGGAAUAUCAACGAUGCUAUGCGCCAAGAAUUCGAAUGUGAAUUGCAGUCGAUAGGAGAAUCGGACGAUCCGCUCGAUGUUUAUGACCGUUAUGUCAAAUGGACCCUGAACGCGUAUCCGUCCGCACAAGCGACCGCAGAAUCCGGUCUUCUUCCCUUAUUGGAACAGGCAACGAAAUCGUUUCUUUCGUCAUCACACUACAGAAACGACCCUCGGUAUCUACGAUUAUGGCUUCAUUAUGUUCAACUCUUCUCCGAUGCCCCACGCGAGACAUUUGCAUUCCUUGCGCGUCAUAAAAUUGGUGAAAGUCUGGCUCUUUUCUAUGAGGAAUUUGCCGGGUGGCUAGAGGGUGCUGGUCGGUGGUCACAAGCCGAUGAGGUGUACAGGCUCGGUAUGGACCGUGAGGCGCGACCAGUCGAGAGAUUGGCACGGAAAUACAGCGAGUUUCAAUUCCGAUACGACCAGCGUCCACAAGAUACCGGGCCUUCAUCGCCUGCUUUGCCACCGGUCCGUCCCGCGCUGGCCGCCAAGACGAACCCGUUCGCGCCAUCAGAUGCCUCUCCUGACGCACAGGCUUCACGGCCCCCGCCUCAGACGGGCGGUGCGGCAAAAACCAAAUCCGGAAAGCCUAAGAUGGCUAUCUUUUCAGACGCUGACUCGGCUGCGCCGGGCCCCGCAACUAGUGGAUCGACGAAGGGAUGGGAAAGCAUUGGAUCGAUUCGGGACCGUAAGAAGGAGAACGAGGUGGCGGCAAAGCCCUGGGCAGGAGAAACAUUGAAGGUUGGGAAGAAAGCGGCGCCAACACAAAAGAUGGCUAUCUUCCGGGACGAGGACUAA